AUGGAACACCCUUUUUAUAGUCUGGAAAGGGUACGCGAACAACUUUUCGGUGAUGACGACAAGAUUUCUGACGAUAUAGCAGGAAAAUCCGGAAAAUCAUCUGGCGGAAAGGCUGGCGGUGACGGAGGAAAAUCGCAGUCGCGCUCCGCAAAGGCGGGUCUGCAGUUCCCCGUUGGUCGUGUUCAUCGUCUCCUAAAGAAGGGCAACUAUGCCCAGCGUGUUGGUGCUGGAGCACCUGUUUAUCUCGCUGCCGUCUUGGAGUACCUUGCGGCGGAAAUUCUUGAGUUGGCUGGCAAUGCCGCCCGUGAUAAUAAGAAGCAGCGUAUCGUUCCGCGUCACCUUCAGCUUGCUAUCCGAAACGAUGAAGAAUUGAACAAACUACUUGGCGACGUCGUCAUCUCGCAGGGUGGUGUUGUGCCCCAUAUCGAAUCUCAACUUCUGCCGACUAAGUCUGGCAAGGGACGUAAAGAGGGUGAAGAGGUGUAA